AUGUUGGCCCUUCGAGACCAAGAGAACUUGGUAAACACCCACCAGACCGCCGCGGCCGCCAAGCCCUUGAAUCAAAGCAAGCAACUGGCACCCAAGACCCCAGGCAAAGGACCACUCAAGGUACCGUUGAACGAUGAAAACAACGCAAUAGUUUUUGGAAAAGGCACUGGAAAGGCCAAGGAGAAUGGAAAGCCAGGCAAGGACGCGUUCGUUACGCCGAUGGUGAAGAAUCGCGCUCCUUUGGGUGCUAAAACAACCAACCUCAAAACCAAGAACAACCACACGCCUGCUCAGUUCGGUACCAUCAAGACAAACAGACGACAGUCAACCGCCCAAAAAAAGAAGGCCGCUCCAGUGGUACACCAAGCUCAACCCAAGGUCCACAAGGGCUCUACUAUUGAUGAUGUUCCCGAUAUUGAAUAUAUGCCCCCCAAACCCAGAGAUCUCCCAGAUCUUCCAGAUGACGUGACAUACGACACAAGCUUCCCCCAAUUUCGACCAAAGAACAGGGCGUUGGGCUUGGAGAGUGUGUAUGGGAAGCAGCAAAUCGGCAGUGAUGGACUGACAGCAAAGCAACGCAAGUUCAAGGAGGAUUCAGCCAAGUGUGACAAGAUGGUCGAUGAGAUGAUUCUAAAGCAACUCGAGGGUGUUGGCUUUGAAAGCUCGGGCAACAGCGAGCCCGCAAAGAUAACCCAGACACCAUCCACACGCUCCAAGGCACCUAUGACUACUCGGCACACGCGCAAUAUCUCUUCGCUUCGAUCUCGGGAGGCUGCUGCUGCCCUUGCUGCACCUCAGCCAACUGCGGCUCCCCAGGUAGCCCUGGCACCCAAGUCACGUUUGGGACUGGGAUCGUCGCUACUCAUGCCCAAGAGACAGACCAGAGCCCCGACCAAUCCUUCUUCCAUGCGCAACACUGCUGCUGCUGCUAACUCUAACACUACUGUUGGAUAUUCCAAAGGUAGGAGUGUUUCGUCCACCCUGCGAGAGAAGAAUGCGGAGGCACAGAAGACCUCAAGCUCUGAGGCUUUGUCCCCUGAAACCUAUAUGCAGCUGUACGGUGCCCCUCCGCUGGACUCGGAUAUGUGGACUCGCUGCAAAGCUGCUGGAUGCUUUGACACCCCAGAGGAGGUUUCUCAGGAACUUGAAUCGCUACCCACUUAUGACGAAGAUGAGGAGGCCCAGAGCUUCCAGCUCACUCUGUAG